CUAAUGACUAAUGAGUCCAAACUCUCAAAUCUCAUAUAUUCCUUGGGUUACUUUCUUGAAGCCCAUGUAACGAAAAACUUUGGAGAGCACUACAAAACCUCUAUUUCUCGGCUUCUUUCUCUUCGUCUCCUUGUACACUGAAACGAAAAAAAUGGGCGCUGAAGCAACUUCGGUAGAGGAGAUUUCACCAGAGAUGGAGGAACAGGUUGAGGCUUUACUAGAGGCUGCUAGAUAUGAUGAUCUUGAUGACCUGAAAGGCUUAGAAUCUGCUGGAGUAUCCCUUGAUGCCAAGGAUUCUCAAAGACGAACAGCUCUUCAUAUGGCAGCUGCAAAUGGUCAUCAUGGCAUUAUUGAAUACCUUAUAAGUAAAGGUGUGGAUCUUAACUCUUUGAAUCAAGAGAAGAACACACCUCUUCAUUGGGCUUGUCUCAAUGGCCAUGUUGAGGUGGUUAGAACUUUGAUAUUGGCUGGAGCGGAUGUUUCGAUCUGUAACUGCCAUGAUCGAACGCCACUAGAUGAAGCAUCGAGUCAAAACAACACGGAUAUGUUCAAUGCGAUCAACGAGGCCAUUGCACAAGUUGAGCUGACUCGAGCAACGGUCUCAUGACAUGGACAUUAAGCCAACCGAAGUCCCACAAAAAGAGCAAAAAUGUCUCAUAUAUGGUAUCUUUUUGUCUCUUAGGGUUUAAUUUUUUUUUUUUUGUGUGUUUCUGAGAUGAUUUUAUGUAAACCAGACACCACCUUUCACUCUUUUGAAAGCAUCAGUCACUUUCUAUGAUCAUUUCCGUGAUGUAUUUUUGGCCCUGUAAGCUAUCUAUAACAUGUAGCAAUUAUGAAUUUGUCAUUUGUCAAUUAUAUAUAUAUAUAUUGUUGGCUUUAUGUGUUUUGGCCUUUAGGGUUCUCAAACACUCAUUUUGUGGAUGCUGAAAAUCAGAGGAAUGACAUUAUGGUAUUGUUUGCCAUUUUUUUCGUAA